AUGGGUACUGAAAGAGUAUAUUGGGCCAUCAUUGUAGCAUGGCUUAGUUUGUUCGAAGGAAAUAUGAUGCUAGUUAAGGGUGAUUUUAAUUAUAAGGAGGCACUCACAAAGUCCAUUAUUUUCCUAGAAGCACAACGAUCAGGGAAGCUCCCUUCAAACAACAGGGUACCUUGGAGAGGAGACUCAGCACUCGAUGAUGGAAAACUCGCUAAUGUGGACCUUGUUGGGGGAUACUACGAUGCAGGGGAUAAUGUAAAAUAUGGGCUUCCCAUGGCUUUCACUGUUACUACUUUAGCAUGGGCUGCCAUAUUUUACAAGUCAGAAUUAGAAGCUGCAAAUGAAAUGGGAAAUGUUCGUGAUGCCAUUCAAUGGGGUACCGAUUAUUUUUUGAAAGCUAGUUCUCGACAUAAAAGAUUAUAUGUUGAGGUAGGGGACCCAGAAGAGGAUCACCAUUGUUGGAUUCGACCAGAAAACAUGAAGACAAAAAGAACGGUUAAGAAGAUUGAUAGUAACACAGCCGGGACUGAGAUUGCAGCUGAAACUGCAGCAGCAAUGGCUGCUUCUUCUAUUGUUUUUAGACAUAAGGAUCGUAAAUAUGCUCGUCGUCUCCUUAACAAAGCCAAAUUGCUUUUCCAAAUGGCAAAAUCUCAUAAAGGAACCUACGAUGGAGAGUGUCCCUUCUAUUGCUCCUAUUCUGGCUAUAAUGAUGAACUGAUGUGGGCUGCAACGUGGCUAUACAUUGCUACGAGACAAUCUAUGUAUAUGAAGUACAUACAAGAAGAUGUCAUAAGUGCUAGUGUAGCAGAAUUCAGUUGGGACCUUAAAUAUGCAGGAGCUCAAAUCCUUCUCACGCAGUUACAUUUUGAAGGUGUAAAGAAUCUGGAAACAUUCAAAAGCCACGGAGAAAGUUUCAUAUGCUCUGUACUUCCUGAUAGUCCCUACAACCAGAUUAACUUGUCUCCUGGCGGCUUCAUUCAUUUGAGAGAUGGAGCCAACACGCAGUAUGCAACCGGCACAGCUUACUUGUUUAGUGUAUAUGGUGAUUUGCUUGCCAAAUAUAAACAGAAAAUCACUUGCGGAAACAAACAAUUUGGCUCAUCCCAUCUCCUUUCUUUUGCUAAGAAACAAAUGGACUAUAUACUAGGGAAAAACCCGGAAGGAAGAUCCUAUAUGGUAGGAUUUGGUAAAAACCCACCAACGCAAGCUCAUCAUAGAGGUGCUUCCGUGCCGAAGUUGCCAAAGGAUGAAGAAGUCAGCUGUUCCUUGAGCUUCACCAAAUGGUUUCAAAAAGAUGAACCUAAUCCCAAUGAGCUCACUGGUGCCAUUGUUGGUGGACCUGACCGCUAUGACAAGUUCAACGAUAAACGUUGGGAUUCACCCAAGACUGAACCUUGCACUUACGUCAAUUCCCUAGCAACUGGAGCUCUAGCAAGGCUUGCAUCUAUGCGUUAAUUCUCAUGUUAACCCCAACGUUUAGUAUAUAGAUAAUGUAAUGGAUCAAGAUUUACAUGCUUAGUGGGUUGGUGUUUA